AAUCAGCGCAAACUGUGUGUGAACAUGUGUGUGUGUGUGUGGGGGGGGGGGGGGGGGGGGAGUCUGAGUCUGAUGACAGACUAACCAGAGCUGCCAAAGUCGCUGAGCAGCUGACAGGACAGACACCGGUCUUUUCAAAAGCCCGCUACACUGUCAGAUCCUUUGGAAUCCGUCGUAACGAGAAGAUUGCUGUUCACUGUACUGUCCGAGGUGCCAAGGCUGAGGAGAUUCUGGAGAAGGGUUUGAAGGUGCGGGAGUAUGAGCCGAGGAAGAACAACUUCUCUGCCACUGGCAACUUUGGCUUUGGGAUCCAGAAGCACAUUGACCUGGGCAUCAAGUACGACCCCAGCAUCGGCAUCUACGGCAUGGACUUCUACGUUGUUCUAGGCAGGCCAGGAUUAAACAUCAGUCAGCGCAGGCGCAGACAGAGUUCGACUGGAGCCAAACACAGAAUCUCGAAAGAGGAAUCCAUCAAGUGGUUUCAGCAAAAA